CUUGUGGGUAUUAGUUUGUACAGGAAGUAGCUAUUAGCCGGUUGCGGGUAGUUGAAUAACGUCUGCUAAGCCUUUUACUGAAACCAGUUUUAGCCUUUUUCUCAGUUCUUAUUAUUCUUUUGGAAGAGCAGGUUAUUCAAGUUCACAAUAACAACCAUAUUUAUAGACAUAUCCUUGAAGUUCACUGAGGAAACACUGCGUAGCUGCUUGGGACCUGUGGAGGAUGGCACUCUGUGCUGCGUUCCAGCCUGUCCCAGCAUGAACUGGGGGCUCGAAAGUUGUUUUUCUUGCUUCGUGAUGCAGGAGUUGGUUGAUGGAAAUGUAUUUUUGCCAUGUUAAUAUCUCAGCCAUUAACUGAGAAGGCAGCGACCCUGCUGAGCUGGACGAAAAACACACUGAGACUCUGCAGCGUUUCACACUAACCUCAGUCAGACAUGGGGAAAGUCUACUACAUCAGUAAAAAUGUGGGCCUUGGAUUGCUUUUGCUGGCGGCCAUUGCACUGACGACAAUCUUAGCUCUGUCCAUCGCCUAUCACAAGGAAAAAAUGAAGAAUCAAGGAGCAUCGGAGAGCUCCGUUCCUGCAGCCCCCACCACUGCCUUCACCCCAAAGGACCCCUGGGACCACUACAGACUUCCAGACGCACUCGUCCCCGUCUCCUACCGUUUGAACCUGUGGCCUCGACUGCAGCCCAACGAAGACGGCAUGUACAUCUUCACCGGACAGUCCUCGGUGAUCUUCAGGUGUGUGAAAGAAACGGAUCUGAUCAUCAUUCACGCCAGCAAGCUGAACUUCACCACCACCGACGGGCACCAGGCGAAACUGAGCGGCGUGGGCGACGCCAGAGCGCCGGUUAUUCAGAAGACCUUCCUGGUGAAGAGAACGGAGUAUCUGGUUAUUCAGCUGCGCCGCAAACUAACUGCCGGGGCCACAUACCUACUGGAAACUGGAUUUGUGGGGGAGCUGGCAGAUGAUCUGGAGGGUUUCUACAGGAGUGAAUACACUCAAGACGGCGUGAAGAAAGUGGUUGCUACGUCUCAGAUGCAGGCAACGUACGCCAGACAAGCCUUUCCUUGUUUCGACGAGCCGGCGAUGAAAGCAGUUUUCAACGUGACCAUCGUCCACGACCCAAGCUACGUGGCUCUGUCCAACGGCAAGGAAACGGAUAUUUCCGAGGUCGUCAUCGAAGGUGUGCGUGUCAAAGUCACUACGUUCGAGCCCACAGAGAGGAUGUCAACGUAUCUGCUGGCGUUCAUCGUCAGCGACUUUGAUCACGUUCAGUCGUCCCAAAACAAUCUGCUGAUCCGAAUCUGGGCUAAGAGGACAGCCAUCGCUGACAGUCAGGGUGACUACGCUCUCAGCGUCACCGGCCCGAUCCUGCAGUUCUUCGAGCGUUACUACAACACAACGUAUCCUCUCUCCAAGUCAGAUCAGAUCGCUCUGCCGGAUUUCAGCAACGGAGCGAUGGAGAACUGGGGUCUGGUCACAUACAGGGAAACAGCCUUGCUCUUUGACCCCGUCCUUUCAUCCACUGGCAACAAGGAGAGGGUCACGACUGUCAUCUCCCAUGAACUCGCUCACAUGUGGUUUGGCAACCUCGUAACGUUGAAAUGGUGGAAUGACCUGUGGCUGAAUGAGGGAUUCGCCUCAUAUGUGGAGUACCUCGGAGCCGAUUACGCCGAGCCCACCUGGAACAUAAAAGACCAGAUCAUCCUGUACGAUGUUCAUCGAGUGUUUGCAGUGGACGCUCUGGCAUCCUCUCAUCCGCUGUCCCGCCGAGAGGACGAGGUCAACGACCCCGCUCAGAUCAGCGAGAUGUUCAACACCAUCUCUUACAGCAAGGGUGCAGCAGUGAUCCGGAUGCUGUCCGAGUUCCUCACUGAGCCAGUUUUUGCCAGAGGACUCAGUUCUUAUUUGAACACGUUUGCCUUUGGCAAUACAGUAUACACAGACCUGUGGGACCACCUCCAGCAGGCGGUUGAUAACACUCCUAGUCUUCACAUUCCACGCUCCAUCGGUGAAAUCAUGAACCGCUGGACUCUCCAGAUGGGCUUCCCAGUGGUCACUAUCGACACCCGGACAGGAAGUGUCACCCAGAAACACUUCCUGUUGGAUCCAGAGUCUGUAGUGGACAGGCCUUCUCAGUUCAACUACACGUGGUUUGUUCCUAUUAAAUGGAUGAAGACGGGAGUGGAGCAGCAACAGUACUGGCUCCUUCAAAACACGGACACUCACAGACCGAUGAGUGCUUCCGGAUCGGACUGGGUGCUGGCAAACACGAACGUAUCCGGAUACUUCAGGGUGAACUACGAUCUGGACAACUGGGAUCGUCUCCUCACACUGCUCAACACCCACCAUCAGGCUUUAUCAGUCAUCAACAGAGCACAGAUCAUAGACGAUGCGUUCAACCUCGCAAGAGCCAAGAUCAUCAAUACAACACUGGCCCUGAAAACCACUAAAUACCUGUCAAAAGAGAGAGAAUACAUGCCCUGGGAGUCAUUUCAGAGAAACCUCGGCUACUUCAUUCUUAUGUUUGACCGCACUGAGGUCUACGGAGCUUUACAGGCGUACCUCAAGAAACAAGUCCAACCACUUUUUGAACACUUCAGGACACUCACAGCGAACUGGACCCGUGUACCUGAGGGCCACACUGACAAGUAUAAUCAGAUCAAUGCCAUAUGGAUUGCCUGCAGCGUGGGUGUGGAGGGCUGCAGGGAGCUGAUCAGCAGCUGGUUCAGGCAGUGGAUGGAUAAUCCAGGCCGCAACCUGAUUCAUCCCAACCUGAAAGGCACGGUUUACUGCGUUGCAGUAGCCUUCGGUGGUGCAGAGGAGUGGGACUUCGCCUGGAGGAUGUUCAAGAAUUCCACUUUGGCAUCUGAAGCGCUCAGACUCAGGGCGGCCAUGGCCUGCACUAAGGUGCCCUGGCUUUUAAACAGGUAUCUGGAGUACACCCUUGACCCAACUAAAAUCCGGAAGCAGGAUGCCACUUCUACCAUCAACCUCAUCGCACAAAAUGUUGUAGGAAUGCCGCUGGCCUGGAACUUUGUGCGAGCUAAGUGGAGCGACAUCUAUGAACUAUAUGGAAAAUCUUCCUUUUCCUUCCCCAAUCUGGUCAGUGGAAUCGCAACAAGGUUCUCCACAGAGUUUGAGUUGCAGGAGUUGAAGAAAUUCAAAGAGGAGAACCAGGACGUCGGUUUUGGCUCUGCUACCAUGGCCCUGGAGCAGGCCAUAGAGAAGACCAAGGCCAACAUCAAGUGGGUGUCGGAAAACAAAGCAGAAGUGCUGAGGUGGUUCACUGAGGAGUCCACAUGAGAGCCCGCAGAGUUCCCAUGAUCCUCGCUCCUUUUGUUUUCCCCGUACCCUGAGGUAACAACUGACAAUCACUAUAAUCAUCAGGAACCACUAAAACCCGUCUUUGAC